UUGUUGUUCAUCUUCCAUCAUUUUUUGAGGAAUUGAAAGUUUUGGAAGAAAAAGGAUUAAAUACUAGUGGUCGUCUUUUAAUUUCGGAUCGAGCGCAUUUAGUGUUUGAUUUUCAUCAGAUAGUUGAUGGCUUGAAAGAAAAAGAAUUGGGACGAUCAAGAUCUGGUUUACGUGUUCAUCAUUUAUCAAAUCAUGAGGCGUUUGCAGAAAAAUUUCGCCAGUUAGUAGAGAACAGAAGAAAACGGUAUGGUUAUUUUGAAUAUGACGUUGAAGGCGAAAUCGAACCUAAUGCAUUGAUGCUUGAUCUGGAUUUUGGUACUUACCCAUUUGUGACAAGCUCUAACACUACUAUUGGUGGGGUGAGCACUGGACUGGGUAUUCCACCAACCAAGAUUGAUAAAGUGAUCGGCGUUGUGAAAGCGUACACAACGAGAGUAGGAGGAGGUCCAUUUCCUACCGAAUUGACAGAUGAAAAAGGAGAAUAUUUACAACGCGUUGGCGCUGAAUACGGUGCUACCACUGGACGAAAGCGCAGUCUGAAUUUGACCAAACUUGAUGUGUUGGACAAUCUUAAUGAACUUAAGGUGGCAACUGCAUAUUGUAUAGACGGAAAACCUUUAGAAAGCUUUCCAGCCGAUUUAGAUAUUCUCGAGAAAGUGACCAUCCAAUAUGAGGUAUUACAAGGCUGGAAGUAUGAUAUCUCAAAAUGUCGGCGGUUUUCAGAACUUCCAGAAAAUGCGCAAAAAUACGUAAAGUUUAUUGAAAAUUAUCUUGGCGUUCCUAGUAAGUCUCAAUUUUAA